AUGGAUUCCCCACCGGAGGCGGUACCGCUGUCGUACCACGCUGGGACUUCCCCCAUAUCCAACACUGAGCAACUUAAAAGCUUAGGUCGAUCAACCAUCUCGACAACCCCGAUUGACGAGAAACCAACUGGGUUAAGCCGUGCAUUGCAAAGCCUGCUGAUUGCCCCGCCAAAGAAUAGUGCGGGGACUUGUUCACCUAGAGCUCGCGGAAUCCGCAGCCCAGUCGAGCCACUGGUCUCGUCGCCUUUGCGCAUGAGUUAUUCAGAUAUGGCGUCUGCUCCGAGCUCGCCGGAGAGGACCAGGGCCGAACCCGAGGCUCUACCCCGGAGUUCAUCCGAUCAUGCCGUUGAGGUUGGUAGACCAUCGAGCCGUCUUGGCACCGAUACAGAUGCGAAGUUCGAGGUUUCUGUCUCUCCUUCGGAGCAGUCACAUUCCAAAAAGCGCUUCCUGCAAGCCCGCGACAAGUCCCAGGGCCGGAAGGGCAUGGCAGCCAUGAUGUCUGGCUUAGAAUCACGACUCUUCCCGAGGAGCUUUUCCCGCGGGAGAGACUCAUCACGAGGUUCCAUCCAGCGUGGUUCAUCCCUUGACUCCAGAUCCUCUACCUCACCGGAGAGGGGUCGCCCGAGCUCAUCCGGGAGCCAUUCUAUCCAUGUGGAGUCAAUACAGCCUGCCCCUAACAGCUCAGGGAAGGGAAAGACAGUCCAUAUCCACGACCAUCUGAAUAAAUCAGAUGAAGCCUUACCCAACUCUUCUGGAAGUCUUCCUGAUUAUGUCAAACCGGCUGCUGUGGAGGAAAACGGGGAACGACUGGCCAAGGAUGUAUUUGACCGCGACAAGAAUAUAAUUGAAAGCAGUGAGGAUGAAGGCGACGACACUUCAAGUGACGAUGACAGCACCAACGAAGGUAUGCGAGGUCGCAGAAAGAGGGCUGAUAUCACAUCUAUCACACCCGACGACUUUGAAAAGCCGAAGAAUGAAGAGCCCAAGCCGGCAGAGCAAAAAGCAAAUGAGAAGACGACCGGGCCCCAAGAGAAGAAACCUCGGAAAUCAGCUUUGAAAGCUGUUGUGCAUCCACAGACGAGUUUCGAUAUCCCGACCCCUCGUAUCCAGUCAGUGGCUGGUACACCUUACGGGUCCGACGAUGAAGCGGAAAUUGGCGACAUUCACCGUGCACAGAAGCUUAGCAUUUCCAUGUCAGCCAUUGAUAAUGGCGUGCACAACCGAUCCAUCCGAACAAUUGUUCGCGGAAACUUUUCAGGCUUGUCAGAUACCGGCGAUGAGAUCCGCCGACGCCGACGUAAGUAUCUGGUCGCCACCGACUUAAGUGAAGAGUCUGUAUAUGCCCUCGAGUGGACCAUCGGCACAGUUCUCAGGGAUGGUGACACAAUAUUCGCCAUCUACGUUAUGCCCGAGGAUUCUACGAGUACCUCGGCUGUGCAGGUUGGCGAGGGAGCCAAAGUGAUCAAAGACGCAACAGCGGUCGUUGGCACACAGACAAAGGAAGCACAGAAUUCUGGCUAUGGAUCCCGAACGAUCCUGGGCCGUCUUGGUCCGGGAACCGCCAGCAAGGCGCAUUCUGCUGAUUCCCGGGCGUCAUCAAUAGCUGAAGCGGAACGGGUGAGGGCAGUCGAAACUGUGUCUCAGACCUGUGUAAAGCUGCUGCGGAAAACGGUGCUACAGGUUCGCAUUGCCGUUGAGGUUAUUCACUGCAAGAACCCGAAGUCCAUGAUCACUGAAGCUAUCGAUGAACUCGAACCGACACUUGUUAUUGUGGGUGCCCGAGGUCAAAGUGCUCUGAAGGGUGUGCUUCUCGGCUCGUUCUCCAACUACCUACUUUCCAAAUCUUCAGUGCCGGUAAUGGUCGCCCGUCGAAAGCUAAAGAGGCAUUCUUCCAAGGGUAGGCUCAGCAGCGCAAACGUGCGCCUUUCCAAUAAUUUGAUUACCCCGAAGAGUCUCUCUCAAGCCAAAGUGGACUAAUUGGUUAUGGGCUCUCUUUUUCCUUUGGUUUCCUUUUGCUUGCAUUUUCAUGGAUCAUUAUGAGACUACUAGCAUCAUGCUCAGCGGUUUAGGCGGUGCAUCAAACCUGGGAUCCUUGCUUUCUCGCUGUUAACAUGUAUGGAUAUACCCCGUUGUCAUGGACCAUUCUACUCUCUCGUACCGGCUAUCAUUCGUAGAUAAGUUUAGACAACUGAAGUUUUAG